UUUAUGAGUGGCAAAAUGUGAAGUUUGGAAAUGAUUGUUUUUCUUCAUUAUUUCAUCUUGACAGCAGAUUAUUUCUACAAUCAGCUAUUUAGAAUCAGAGUCCAAUCCAAGGGAACACAGGUUUCAGACCGUAAACUCGACAAAGUUACCAAAUUAUUGACUGCUAUAGAGAGCUGUAAAGAACCACAUACUAAAAAGAACAAGGCAGCAAAAAAGACGAAGAAAAUCAUGUAUGACGAUUUUUACUCUGAUUCUGACUCUGAUGGGUUUGAAGUUACUUCUGGGCCUCCUGUGAAGAAAUACAAUGACUUGGUGGUAGCUGUUACGAAGCAGAAUGAAGGACCAAAUGUGCCACACAGUUUUGCUGCACUUGGUCCUUCACCACAGUCUGUUGGAAGAGGAUUCAGUCACAAACCUUCACAGGAGUCCAAUAUCCCAGAACCUGUCUCACCCAAAUCUUUUGGUAGAGGAAUGACUGUGUCUAACACACAGAGAGAUUGGGCCACCUCAUGCAGGGAAAAGACUGACACGGUUGUGAAACAAGCAAUCCCUCAUUGGGGAAGUUCUGGCCAUUCAAACCAAAAACAGUUCGGUGGAUGUUUACAACAAGAUGUGGAUGAUACAAGUAUUUCUGGUUGGGGAAGGUCUAAAUUUCGUGGACGUGGGGUCACUGUGGAAAAUAAAGAUGCAAGGCCAGGAAGGAUGCAAAAGGGGUCAAAAGAAGGGGGAGAAAAGCAGUGGGGGAGGGGGAAUAAUGGGGGACGAGGGGGAUUUGGAAAUGGGAGAGGAAGGGGCUUUGGGAAGAUGGCUGAACACAGGCCUGAAAAGGGGAUUGAUUUUACUGGAGCUCCUGUAGCUGGGCCUAGUAAAACACCUCAAGUUGAUACCGGAGUAGAAAUAUGGGAAACAACACAGCAACAUAUUCAGGGAGCCAGCAGUGGUGGUAUUAAUACUACUGAUUUUGGUGCUUCUGGUAUUGAGGGUGCUACACAUGUUUCCGAAAAGGGGGGUUGGGAUUUAGAUAAAGGUUGUGAUUCUAACUCAGGCUGGGAGGAAGAUUUGUCUGCACAAACUUACGAGCAGUAUGUCGUUAAACCUAAGAUUUAUAACCCGAAAGACUUUAAGCCAAUGGUUCAACAAGGAGGCUCAUCGGAAAAUUCAAAGUCGGAAAGUUCAGCUUCGUCAGAGAGAUGGGCUGCCAAGACUUUAGCUAGUUCUCCUCUACAGCCAAAUAUUGAUGAAAUGAAUCGAGUAAUGUCGCAGCUUGAACAUAUGUGGCAAGAUGAUACACGAAAAGACAGGACGAAGAUGUCACAAUAUCUGGCACACCAAUAUGCAACAUCUGUUAACCCAUUUGCUCUGGUGGUACAUUUGUUGGAACAUGCGAGUGACAUGCAUGUUGCGAAAACGACAACCCUCGCUUUCCAAGUCAUCAAAGAGUUUGAUAAAUACUGCAAACAGAAUCGCUCAAAGUUGGACAUUGAAAAGCUAUUGAGUAAAAACAUGGAAAUGCAGGUGUUCAGCUUGGGGACACGGAAGCACAUGACUAUGUUUGAAAUCAUUGUCAGAUGUUUUGAUCUCCGUUACCAAGGCAACGACCACUUCCUUCCUGUUGUUAAAAAAUUUCUAGAGAACAAAAAAUUUAAAGAGGCAGCUGUAUGUGCAGGAAAGCUGGGACUUCAGAAACACUUUGAGAUGCACGAGAUAAUUCUGCCCCUACUCCUACAAGACAAGGUGAAUCUCCUAGAGACAUUUGCGUGUGGUCAACCGGAGUACCAGCAGUCUCUCGUGCAAUAUCUUGACCAUCUAUGUGAUAGAAAUACUAACCUGGAUCUUGUUUUAAGCUCUGCACAGCACGUGUCUGGGGUGAAGCGGGAUAAGUUUCAGAAGAAAGCGCUCAGUAAACUUGCAAUCAGACUGAUGAAACUGUAUAAAAUACAACCAGACUUGUGUCCGAACAUUUCCAAUGCAAGAGGGGUUGGAGCCCUGAGGUACCUCCUUCACAAGAGAUACAUUGAGAAAGGUAUGGGCUCCGGGAGUUGGGAAGAGAUGAUCGAAGGAGCCGUGGGUGAAAACAAUUACAUGAAGGAACAGCUGGUAGAGCAACUAGCACUGUUUAGUGAGGUAGUUGAAGCAGUGAAAUGGGCCAACUAUUAUCAGCUUGAUGAUUCUGUGAUACCAGAGGUUGUUAAGGUGGCCAGGGAUGAAUUAAGAAGUCAACCAGAGAGCCAGCAGACCCCAAUGUUGCCAGGCCUACCACAAACCCAGGCGACCGCUGAUGAGGAAGACUGGGAGAACUCAUGCUUUACUGAGGCAGAAAUCAGCUCCGCCUAUCACCAGCUGUCCCUUCCCUUGGAGUCUGUGCAUAUUGUUGACACCCUGGAGAAAUACAGGGAAUGUCUGUCAUGUAUAACUAAGCCAGGGACGAUUGUGGGUAUCGACUCUGAAUGGAAGCCUGCUUUCUUAGGACAGAUUCAAAAGGUUGCCUUACUCCAACUAGCUCUCAGGGACAAAGCAUAUCUGCUGGACUUGCCAGCAUUAGACAAAUUUGCUGUCGGUGAAAAUAAUCAACUAUGGGAGAAGUUUUUUACAUCAUUCCUCUGCUCUGAGAAAGUCCUCAAACUCGGCUAUGGUAUUGAAUCAGAUCUUAAAAUGUUGCUUCGAACAUUUCCAACAAUGCAGGAACAGAUGACUAAGGUCCGCAGAAUUGUAAACCUCGACAUACUAGCAAAAAAGUUAGCUCUUAAAGACGUUCAGCCAGUAUUCCUAGAUGAAAAUGAAGACAGUGACACCAUUCCUAAACCCAAAACAGAAAACGAAGAUGAAGAUCCGGAACUGGACCCGGGCAGCGGCAACAUGGAAAAAGGGCUGAGUGAACUAGUGAGACGUUGCCUCGGUCGGCCAUUAAACAAGUCGGAACAAAUGUCAAACUGGGAGAGGCGACCGCUGAGGCCCGAACAGAUCAGAUAUGCUACCCUAGACGCAUUUGUCUUAAUAGAGCUAUACGACAUAUUAGUGAAGCUAGCUGGAGAGCAGUCCCCUGGAAUGGACAUGGAGCCAAUGAUCUCCAUGAAGUGGCUUAAACCCAGCAAGAACGAGAAACGACGGGCCAAACAAAGGGGCGACCAUAGACAGAAAGUGCCUCGGAGAGUUCCCAGCUUUCAGAAGCCUAUUACGGGUGCCCCAAUGUCAGCUAAAGAUCUGAGAGUCGUCGUGGAUACGAUGUUACAAGGGCUUGGGAAACAGCUUCGAAGCUGUGGGGUCGACGUGCAUAUUACUGACCCGUUCACUGACCAUUAUAGAGCUAUUGAGAUAUGUAGAAAAGAAAACAGGAUUGUUUUAACCAGUGGAAUGCCGUAUGAUCUGAUCUUAGGCAGUGUUGGCGCGGACAAGUGUUAUAAUGUUAUGUGUGAAGGUGCAAAAGAACAAGUAGUGGAGGUCCUUAACCAUUUCAACAUCCAAGUCACACGACGGGACAUUUUCAGUAGAUGCCAGGUUUGUAAUGGAGAUGUAUAUGUAACACUCCCAGCAGAAGAUCUAAAACUGUUGGCCAAGAGGAAACGGCAGCUAGUUGCCCAACAGGCAGCUGAAGAGUUUGGUUCUGAAAUAAAGGAUGAACCUGACGAAAGCAAAAAUUCAGCAGCAAACAACAAUAAUUUUGACCAAUCAGAAGAGCUUGUUUCGAGAUUUUUGGACUAUGAUAUAGAUUGGUAUACCAUUACUGUGAUGUCAACUUCAGCUGCUUUACAGACAGAAACGGUGCCCCAGUCUAUGUUUUCCAAAGUAGAGAAAUUUUAUUGCUGUGCCAGAUGUGGCAAAAUAUUCUGGGAAGGAUCACAUUUUGAGCGAGUUUGUGAGCAGUUUUCUCAUGUUUUGAAUAUGAAACCAGGGGAGGAAACUGUGUAUGAUAAACUAAACGAGAACUCGAAUGAACUAAAUAAGUAAAUGAUAAUUCUCAUAAUUGGAUUGGACAUUUUGUUAAUCAAGGCCGCACUUUCCCGAAAAUUCGGAAGUUUUUACUUGACUGAGUAGACAUUUUAAAUCCUGUGUACAUAUAUUGAAAGAAAUGAACUGGAGGUCUUUUAUAUUUUGAGAUAUUUCUUUAAAUAUUUUAAUAAGUACAUUUCUUACCCCGAAACACAUACUUUUUGAACGAAUAUCUUGAUCAAUAAUUUCUAUGAAAGAAUAUGAUCAAUUAAGAGUAAAAAAUGCAAUAUUGAACCAUGUUAGGUUCUAAAAGGGACUAAACACCAGAAGAUACAAUUGCAAGAAAAAAAGAAAAUUAUAAAAAACAACAACCUUACAUUAAAUUGGCAUCGUUGUUUACAAUGCAUUGAAGCUUACUUACUGAUAUAUCACACUGCUUACGACACAUGCAUCUUUCGCAGAUUUUGCGCAUUUUAGCCGCAUUUUUCAUCGACAAAUUACAGGUUAUAGAAUGGCGAAAACCGGGCAGGCGGGCGUUAACAAUUUUGCGUUAAAAGUUUUCAUUUUAUGUAAUAAAAUCAAAGAGUUUUUAUCCAAUGGUAAUCAAACUUCAUACAAUGGUAGAGCAUAAUGAGAGAAUGUGCAGUGUACAAUAACCAUAACUCUGUUCUUGCUCAUUACUGAGUUAUUGCCCCUUGUUACUUUAUUUUGUCCGGACUAUAACUUGAAAAAGGACUGGAUGGAAUUCAUUGGAACUUCAUACAAUGGUAAAGCACAGUGAGAGGAAGUGCAGUGUUCAAGAACCAUAACUCUACCUAAACUAAUUACUGAGUUAUUGCCCUUUAUUUGUUUUUUGCUGUCAAAUUUUUUUUCCAGACAUUAACUUGCAAACUAAUAGAUGGAAUUUAUUAAAAUUUAAUACAAUGGUGAAGCACAGUGAGAGGAAGUGAAGUGCACAAGAACCAUAACUCUAUUUCAGCUUAUUACUGAGUUAUUGCCCUUUGUUACUUUUUUCUUGUCGGGGCAUAACUUGAAAACUAUUAGAUGGAAUUUAAUAAAACGUCAUACAGUGAUAGAUCAUAAUGAGAGGAAGUGAAGUGCACAAGAACCAUAACUCUAUUUCAGCUAAUUACAGAGUUACUACCCUUUGUUACUUUUUUCUUGUCCGGAGCAUAACUAGAAAACUAUUGAAUGGGAUUUAAUAAAACUUAAUAUGAACGAUAUCUCCGAUAAGUAUAAAUAUGGGUCUUUUUGGUUAAAAAUACUAGGUCACUAGCUCAAAUCCUCGGUUUGCAAAAUUUCAUCGUCAAAUAAAAAUCCGGCUUUAAUGCGGCGUUGCCGCAUUGGCGUCUUGUUCUAAAUUGAUCUGGAGUUGUCUACCACGUAAAUCCCGGUAAGUUUAAAAAUAGCGUCAGUAUAUUUGUAUUUACCCAUAAACACAUAUGAUUUGAGGAAAUGCUGUAUUUGCGGAUUUUUGGACCAUCUGGUGUCUAGUCCCCUUAAGUGGUAAAAUGAGAAAAAUGAGUUGAGUAAGUUAUUUAAUAAUUACUGAAGUAUUUUCGACAAACUGGAGCCAGAGCUUCGUAAUACUGAUAUGUUAAUUAGAGUUGAGAAGUGAAGGAAAGGAGAACGUGUAUUCUAAAUAGGUUGGUCAUUGAUACUUACCUUUAUAAUAGUUUGCAUUUCAAUAAUACCGGCCAUCUUUGAUUUAAUUUAAAGAAAAAGGUUGCGGUCGAAACAAAAUAACCAAGGUCGCUUCCAAACAUCAUAAUUAUGAGACUGAUGUGUUCUUUUUCUUCCAUAGCAAUUGUAUUUAUUGCAGCAAUUAUGCUUUAUAGACUUGAUAAACAUAAUUAUUAAUUUGGAUAAGGAUAAAUAGUUAUAUUGUUUAAUAAAUAUUGAUAUAGUA